AUCAUGGCGGCAGACUACAGCUAGCUCAGAGGGAAGGAACCCUAGCAAUAUUAAUAUGGAAGUAAAACUCAGACGUGACAAUCCCUCCAAAAUUCUAAUCAACCUUUGUUUAGCAUUGAUGCUUUCCAACCUAAUCUACUUAGUGGGUAUGCAAGACUACACGUUUGAUAACACAGCGUCUUGCAAAGUUGUGGCCGUCUUGUUGCACUACUUCCUUCUAUCAUCCCUGACCUGGAUGGCAGUCGAAGCGUUCUACAUGUAUUUGGCUCUCAUCCUUGUGUUCAAGACAUACUUCACCCACUUCAUCCUCAAAUGCUGUCUGGUUGGUUGGGGUGUUCCUUUGGCGAUUGUCAUCAUCACUCUGGGUGUUAAUUCCACUGACAAUUAUGGCAUCAUCAACAGUGGCCUAUGCUGGCUGCGGAACCCUGCCUUUUAUGCUGCCUUUGUAGGUCCAGUCUGCUUGAUUCUACUGGUCAACUUACUGGCUUUUGGCCUGGUCAUGAGACAGCUUGUCAGUAUUUCUGGUUCCGAUAUCAGCAAAACAGACAGAAACAGUACAAUCCAUCGUCUGAGAGGAGCUGUCGGAGUCGUGGUUUUACUUGGACUGAGCUGGUUGUUUGCCAUUUUUGCUAUAGGUCAAGCUAGCAUUGCUUUUUAUUACCUGUUUGCUGUGUUUAACUCUAUGCAGGGCUUAUUCAUUUUUAUAUUUUACUGCCUGCUGAAAAAAGAUGCUGUUGUAUUUUGGAAGAGAUCAUUGCCCUGCUUUGAGGAAUAUGGAGAAACAUCAAAGACAUCUUCUAACAGUAGAGUCAUUUCUGUGAUAUGUGUUCCUCAAGCGGUGACUGCAGUUGCAGCCACACACCACUUGGCCAAACACGACAACCACUCCAGAUCUGAAUCUUCCACAUUUCUGGGAAACACUGUCAGUGUUACAUCUACACUGAUUGAUUCCCGCAAGAAUUCAUGUUUCAGUAAUGGCUUAAAUAAUAAUCCGUAUGAUAGCAGUGAGGAGUAUGAAACACCAGUGAAGCAUGAAACAGCUGCCGCUGCUGCCCCAGAAAACAAGCAAAGAUUAUCACCGACUGCAUCAUCGGAAAGAAAAUACAAUCCUGACCCUAAAUCUCAAAAUCCAUCAUCCUAUGAUGCACCAGAAAUGUACAGCAAAUCUGAGAAGGUUGAAACUGCAACAGAAGAUCCAUACACCGAGAAAACUUACAUCAGUCUCCCUUCGAAAGACUUAUAUUCCUCACAACUUCAGCCAGUAUUUUCUAGUGAAGUUAAUGAGAAAAUAGCAGCGUCUUCUGAAGCUUUACAAAGAUCAGUGGCUAUUGGUUCAUCUGAUGUUGUCAGCGAAGAUUCAGGACAGCUGGAGUUGCCAGACAGUUGUUGGCCAUAUAGGUGUCGUAAAGAUGAUAAUAGUAGCCCCACAACUUCAUUUUCCAGGUGUGAAGGCGAUGCAGAUUGUAAUGUUGACAUAAAUGUUGCUGAGAAUAAAUUUGGCCUAAAACAGUUAGGAAAACAUACCAAAGACAUUAUUGUGACACACCUUUAA